AAUUAACAUCUGAACAUGACAGCGAACUACAUGCUGCCGCGGAGGACCAGCGCACCGAGGACCGACAACCAUCAUCGUUACCAUCAGCUGCCAAAUGGAGGGAGUUGCCAGACGCUUUUCACCCAAAUAGUGCCGGUUCGCCGGGCCUAAGGAGGAACCACACCAUGAAAACAAAUCUCUUGUGUUGACAGCUGAGCAGUGGUUGUGGCAGUAAGGUGAGGAGCUGAAACUCAAGAUGGCAAAUCCGAACGAAGCUGAUGCAACUCUAGGGAGGCUCAAGAAGUUCCUGGUGACGGGCAACAACUCCUCUGAGUGUUAUGGAGUGCACAUAAUACGGGAUGUGGUCAACUGGUACCAAGGGUUUGAGCGCAGCCAACACAAAGGCCAGGGAAUGCAGUUACCCAAGACCACAGACCCUAUAGAGCUGCUGCUGGACUCCUCAGUAAUUCCCAAGAUGGUGGAGGAGGGCAAGGCCGACACCAUCAUCGAUACCCUCCGCUCCUACAACCAGCUUUCAUGUGUUGACAAGGAAGCUCUGGUACUGUGCCUGGCUGUGGCCUCCAAGCAGAGUGACCAGAAGAAGUUGGUGACAGAUUCCCACUCAGCUGUUCGGGAACUGUGUACCAACACCCACCUCUUCUUCCUCUUCAUACACUUCUCCAAGAUGAUCUCAAAAAAGUCAGGACACUCAGGGUGGGGACGAGGGCUGCGGCGGGCAGUGAGUGAAUGGUAUCUGAGCUGGGAGCCACAGCGUCUGGCUCUCGAGGUGACCCGCCACUCCAGCGCUCAUGGAUGGACUCACAGGGAUGUCAUCAGGCUGGCUCACCUCAAACUGAAGGACAUGCCGUUAGGGACUCAGGUGGUGUUGCAUUAUGUCUUCCUUGGCCUUGAGAAGACUAAGGACAAGUACACAGGACAAGAUAACACCUCUGAACUGCUGGAGCUGCUGCAGGCACUGGAUCGCCACCCACACUCCUCUGCCCCACAGGCUGGGGAGCCAACUUGGGACAAUGACCAAGUGAUCAGUAAGGCCGGCAAGGUGCAUGAUCAAUUUGGUGGCCUCAGCCUUCAUGAUGUGCCCUCCCAGAGUCUCAAGUCACAGGAGGUGUGGUCGCAUGUGCUGGAUAAGCUCGAGGCAGAGAGUGUUGUGGCCAGCGUGAACCGUCUGGCACGAGGCAACUUCCUCAAUCCCAGCAGUGAGCCUUGUCACGCCCUGCAGGCCAAGCUGGUAGACCGCCUGUCUCAGGAGGAUGUGGCAGCCUCAGCCACCACUCCAGCACAGGUCCUCAUGGCUCUGCAUGCCUAUGAACACCCCACCAGAUUCAUUGCAGUAGGUGCUGUGAAGGGUCAGGACAAACGAGCCAAGGGUGGUGCUGCCAAAGUGGCCCGACCCCCUGGAAAGGUGUCCUCCAGAAGAACCACCAAAACUAAUCCCAAAGUGGUGGAGGCUCUUCAUGCCCUGCUUGCUGCCAGUGCUACGAACAUUGAGAAGACAACCCGUAGGCUAGGAAUCUUUGUUGAUGUACGGGCCACCAUGGGCACCAGCCACGUAUGGACGGGCAACCCUGUAGGGAAGGGAGAGGUGACAGGAUAUGAGGGGGCUGCCGCCACAGUACUCUCGCUGGCUUCGGGGGGCACCAGUCCAGCAGCUACUGCUCUGGCAUUCUCUGGCACCACCUUCUCUGAACUGAAGCUUACUGAGGGAAUCACUCUUCCUCAGCUCAUUGAUAAGUUUAAAGAGACUGUAAUUGGGGAAGUGAACAUUGAGAGAGCACUGAAGUGGGCCCAGGAGCAGCAAGCAGAGACAGUGGUGGUGCUGACUCAUCGGCUGGAGCAGUCUGUCAUCACUGCCGCCACUGAGGGACUCCAGCGUCACAAUGAAACCAACAAGACACAGACCAGAUUGGUGUUGUGUGGCCUGUGCUCCAGACACCUGAGUGUCCCUCACACCAACAACCUGCUGGUGGUGUUGGGCUUCCAGCAGCGGACGCCCACUGUCAUCAGGGCCUUCCAUGAGCGCCACUUCUAGGUGGCCCUGCCUGCGCACUGCCCCAGCUGAUGCUGCUUCAGUAUCUGCAAGUGACAAUUGAUCUUGUUGACUAUUAUACUGUAUAUUACAACAUAGGAAGAUCAGCAACUGGGAUGCUUGUCCCUCCCUUCCUAGCAUAAUACCUAGUAAAGCAGUCCUCAGAGUGAGGCUGUUUUAUCUUGUUUCCAGGGAUACCAGGUUUAUCAGUAUAUAUAUAAGAAUAUUUCCUGCAAUAUAUUUUACUUGUUGUCCGAGUUAAAAUUAUACAGGUAUACAGUAGUACAUUUUAUAUACCAAUACAAUACUGUUUACUGUUUGUCUUCCUCAGUAAACAAAGAUGUCAUUGCAUCUGAGCCACAAAGUGAGUCUGUCCUCAGCGUGGCAGAUCAGAACAGUGGAGCAUCAUUCAGUGAGCCACUCCCAGCUACAAACUUGAGCUUUCAUGUUACUGUGCUAAUUGAAAAUAAUAUUUCAGAGGAAAUAUUUUUGGUGCCUUGACAAAAUUUCAUCCUCUAAGAAUUCCACAGCUUGAAGUUGUUUCAAAGUGAUGGGAAGGAAAGACACAAUGGUUAAGUCCAGAAUUUUUUAGACAAAAUUCCUGUAGGGAAGAAGCCAUGAUAUUUGCUUCACUCUGAGAACCAGAAGUGAUGAGAGUAAGUGUUUUGAUGUAGCACUAUUUCUUCUAAUCAUGCACUCUGAACAUUGCCACCUCUACAGGGUACCCUUACUUUGGUGACCCCUCCCUGUAAAGAUUGAUAGCAGUGUAUCACUAAUGCUAAGGAUGCCUGCACCUCGCCAGGGCCCGAACUAACGAAGGUAUCUAAGAGUCAAGAAUGCCUAGGUAGCACUUUUUGGUCAUGACUGCUUGGAAAUGGUUUGCAUUCUAGUGUACGAUGUGCUCCUGACCACAGGCAAAGUUAGGUUUUACUAGGUAGGCUUUACUUUGCAUUAUUAUUUUUAGUUUUUACCAUGGUAACUUAUUACUUUUGACUAUGUAUGAGGUGGCAGCUACAUUUUACUUUAUGUGAAAAUUUACUUUUAGUGUUGGCCGCUUUUAGAAUGGGUGUAUUUUCUUUGCCAGACAUCACUUAAGAUACAGAGGGAAGUGUGAGUUAGAUGGAAUCUAAUGUUGAUCCUCGGAGUAUGUCAGUGCACUGUGUCACGUCUCUGUGGAAAUGGUUUGCUCACUGUCUUCUCUGGUCUAUACCUACUUAGGUUUAACUUGCGUGAGGUUUUAGUGAAGCUUGUAUACUAGGCUGUAUUGUAUUCUUUUGCUAUUAUAUUUACAUUUUAGGAUCUGAGAUGCACUUCAACUUAGAAACUAAUCUUUUCAUAUUAUUUGGCAAUGACUUUUUUUUAUCUCAACCUGGAUCUUAUGAUUAAUUAAUGAUAUUUUAAUAAAAAAAAACUUGAUUUCUUGCAGAAUGUCACAUUUUUGCAACUCAUGAAGUAAACUAUCUGUAAGGUCAUUCAUAAAAUAAUAUUCUUGA